UGAAAUUACAGUCUCUUAUCUGGAAAACAGGAGACAGGGGCACCUGGUCUGUGUAAUGAGUAUCCUGGGAAAUAACAUCAUCCUUUAAUGAAGGCAUAAAUCCUAUUUUGUAAGUCUGUUGCAGGAGCAAGCAGUCAUUCUGCUGUUACAAAAGAAGCCCCACAUCCACAAGGAGCUAGGCUCCACAUCGCGUUUUCUGUUGUACUUGAAUAUAUAGGACAUGUAUUGCAAUCCUAUGCUUUGCACAGUGCUGCAGUGUACUUGUUUUGCAGAGCUGCUAAAGAGCUACGGAACAGCUGUGAAUUAUUGGCUUCAUGGAUACGUAAUUUGAAAUCUCCGGCCCUCAUGUUUUUCUACAAUCGUUGUGAUUCUGGGGAGAGAAUGUGCAUAUUCUUAUUCACGGACCGACUCAAUAUAGGAUUUGGAAGCCGCUAGCAAUAUUCUAGCCUUGUAAGAGUCUCAAUGCACAUUGUGUGGUGAACCUGAAGCGCAACAUAGAGAUCAGAUGGGAGGGAGGCAGUGGACUUUAUCUGGACUUCCAAAAGGCAAUUGUCCCUGCACCAUACAGGAAUUUUAACAAAAAUGGCAUUGAGGGAUAUAUACUGAGAUGGAUAGAAAACUUUCUUGGCGGAAGAAGACCGAAGAUCAACAGCAAUACCCAUGGUCACCUUCCCAGCACUUCAAUGAAGAAAAAUAUUCUCCCGGCCUUAGGAAUAUGAAAGGAUUAUCUGGCAGUAGGAAUCAAUCACAGUUAUGUUCCAGUCAUACUUGUGGCUUAGCAUCUCCUGAGGAUUGUGAACAUGUGCAUGAUCAUGGGCAUCAUGGGCAAGAAACAAGGCAAUCAUAUCUACUUAGUCCUACAGAGAGCUGUCAAAUGGACCACCACCGUUGCUCCCCACGGAGUUCCAUUCAUUCUGAAUGCAUGAUGAUGCCUGUCAUGAUGAGUGAUCAUAUGUCUAGUAGCACGUUUCCAAGAAUGCACUAUAAUUCCCAUUAUGAAACCCGUGAUGACUGUGCUGUCUCACACACUAGUAGUAGUAAAAUUAACAGAAUUCCUGCAAACUUACUGGAUCAAUUUGAAAAGCAACUUCCUCUGCAUCGAGAUGGAUUUCACACGUUACAAUAUCAGAAGACAUCCACCACUACAGAACAAAGAACAGAAAGUCCAGGAAGAAUACGUCACCUUGUUCAUUCUGUACAGAAACUUUUUACAAAAUCCCACUCUUUAGAAGGAUCAUCUAAAGGCAAUGUAAAUGGUACAAAAGGAGAAAGCCGUGGAGAUGACCACCAUCAUGGCCAUUAUUCCAAGCAUAGCAAACGGAGUAAAAGUAAGGACAGAAAACCAGACAACAAGCAUAAGUCUGGGAUGACAGGGUGGUGGAGUUCAGAUGAUAAUUUGGACAGUGAUAGCACUUACAGAACCCCUAGUGUAAUGAAUAGACACCAUGUAGACCAUAUUUCUCAUUGUUAUCCUGAAUCUCUGCAGGGACACUUUGGAGAUCUUUCCCUUAAAACUUCUAAAAGUAACAACGACAUGAAAUGUUCAGCAUGUGAAGGUCUUGCAAUGACCCCAGAAGGAAAAUAUAUGAAAAGGAGUUCGUGGUCAACGUUGACUGUAAGCCAAGCAAAAGAAGCCUACCGAAAAUCAUCCCUUAAUUUGGAUAAACCUCUUGUCCAUCAGGAAAUAAAAUCUUCCUUGAGACCAUGCCAUUACCUUCAGGUGCCUCAAGAUGAAUGGGGAGGGUAUCCCUCCGGGAGUAAAGAUGAGGAGAUUCCAUGUCGAAGAAUGAGAAGUGGGAGUUAUAUAAAAGCCAUGGAAGAGGAUAGUGGAGACUCUGAUACAAGUCCAAAAACAUCCCCUAAAAGACCUGAACCUUUAUUGAAAUCAAUAGUACAGCGAUCACAUGGAGAUGUCCAAAACCAGAGCUACCUACAAGCAGCAAGUGAAAUGGCGGCAGGACAGGUUCUGGACCCUUCAGGGAAUUAUAACUCUCCAAAGUUUCGUUCAAGGAACCAGAGCUACAUGAGAGCGGUCAGCACGCUAAGCCAAGCCAGCUGUGUCAGUCAGGAUUUCCUCAUUGAAAGUCUGCAAGAAUGCUUUACCUCAAAGGAUUAUCCUGAGAUCAAGAUGAGCGAAACAGAUAUAAAUGGGCAAUAUGAAUCAGUAUGCGAGUCGGUGUUCAGUGAAGUAGACACUCAUGCAAUGGAUGCUUUAGACCUCCCGGGAUGCUUCCGAACUAGAAGUCACAGCUACUUGAGGGCCAUUCAGGCUGGAUAUUCCCAGGAUGAUGAUUGUGUCCCUGUAAUAACUUCCAAUGUCACUUCCACAACCAGGUCAACAACAGCUGUUUCAUACCCAAAUUAUAAGAAGACACCGCCUCCAGUUCCUCCACGCACCACCUCUAAACCGCUUAUCUCAGUGACAGCACAAAGCAGUACAGAGUCUACCCAGGAUGCCUAUCAUGAUAGCCGAACUCAAAGGAUAUCCCCAUGGCCUCAUGAUGGACGGGGCCAUUACAACUCUACAGACAGCCUGGAUAGUAAUAAGGCCAUGAAUCUUGCCUUGGAAUCAGCUGCAGCAAAGCGUCAUGCCUCUGAGAGCAAAUGUAGCUCUGUUAGGAGCACCAGUGACAAGGCUGUUCUUGUGACAAAGUCAGAUGAAUUCCUUAAGAAACGGCGUUCCUCAAUAGGGAUCCAGGUGGAGGCUGCUGACUCGGACACAGAAAGCAAAGGAAGAGAAUAUCAUUCUGUGGGGGUGCAGGUAGAAGAUGAAAAACGCCAAGGACGUUUCAAGAGGUCAAACAGUGUAACAGCGGCUGUUCAAGCAGACUUAGAAUUAGAAGGUUUUCCAGGUCAUAUCACAAUGGAAGAUAAAGGCCUCCAGUUUGGAUCCUCAUUUCAAAGACAUUCUGAACCAAGUACUCCUACUCAGUAUGGUGCAGUAAGAACAGUCCGGACUCAGGGUUUGUUUAGUUACAGGGAAGAUUACAGGACGCCUGUGGACACUUCAAAUCUGCCCCCUCCAGAUCCCUGGUUAGAGCCUUCUCAUGAUGUAGUGGACUCAGGCAGAAUAUCGCCCAGUCGACAAGAUGGAACAUGGUUUAUGAAGCUCCUUCAUGCUGAAACAAAGAGAUUGGAAGACUGGUGUAAGGACAUGGAAAGAGAGGCAGAAGAGAAUGACCUUUCUGAAGAAAAUCUAGGAAAAAUCCGGAGUGCAGUAGGAAGUGCACAGUUGCUCAUGUCCCAAAAGUUUCAGCAGUUUUAUUGGCUUUGUCAGCAAAAUUUGGAUCCAAGUGCAAUGCCUAGACCUACUUCACAAGAUUUAGCAGGAUUCUGGGACCUUUUGCAGUUAUCUGUCGAAGAUGUAAGCAUGAAGUUCGACAAGUUACACCAGAUGAAAGCAAAUGAUUGGAAACCAAUGGAUUCUCCUGAAAAGAAGGAUGACAAGAAACCCCCACCUCAAAUACCAAAGAAACCUUCCAGGGGAAAGUUCCCUGUCACUAGAGAAAAGUCUCUGGACCUACCUGACCGACAAAGACAAGAAGCCAGAAGACGUCUAAUGGCUGCAAAAAGAGCGGCUUCAUUUCGGCAAAAUUCAGCCAGUGAGCGUGCAGACAGCAUUGAAAUAUACAUACCGGAAGCCCAAACUAGGCUUUAAGAACAAAGCACUGUAUAGGUCUUUUUUAAACAUAUUUGUACAGUUUGUAGCACACCUGGUCAUUUAAGUUAAUCUCUCUACUGAAUAUGCCCUUGUCAUUGUGCUCUUUGUGCCAUAAGCGCAGUGGAAUGCUAUAUCAUUUUCUCAGAGUUUGCUAAACUCAUUGCAGAAACUCCUUUUUUGUUACUCAUGCCUGACUUCAGAUCUGCUACAUGCAUAGGGCUUGUUGAGACCUGACUUCUCUAACUUGUUCUCAGAGGACAACGAGAAAAACCUCUCAAGAUGGAACCCAGCAAAAAUUCUUGGCUAUUUCUAUUUUUAUAAAUUACAUUAUCUUUAGAAACAAGAAUAACUAAAUGGGUACAUCUCAUCACUCAUUAAAGGCAUUAAGCUAUUCCAAGUAGAAGGUGCUACACAUUAGAAAUGCAGGGGAAAAUAAAUGCAUUGCUCUCCGACCUCCUGUUUAUUUCAUUUAGAUCAGAUAAGAUAGGUUCCUAUGCUGCUCUUAUUUACACUACCUGGUUGCAUAAAGCAGCCAAAGAUCACUUAUCACUAAUAUUUCAAUGCAUUCAGUUCCCUGGAAAAAUAGAAAGCCCAAACAAGCAAUUUGGCCCCUUGAAUCAGAUAUGGAACCCUCUGUUGGGCAAACCCUUUCCACUCUUCAAUCCAACUAUGUAUUCUCAAUACAAGAAGACUUCAUGAGUGAAUGUGUGAAAAGAAAGAGAAUGCCUUAACAAAAAAACAAAAAAAAAAUACCCAAUGGGAAACGGAUUGUCAAAUGUUCCUUCCAUGGACCCUACACUUCUGUUUACAUUUGUCUUUAAUUUAUUAGGUAUAUAAUUCAAUACAUUGUUGUAUAUGCUAUAUAAACACACACACAAAGCUAGCAAUGUUGACAGGGCAUCCUUACAAAUAUGAAUGUUUGCUGUUUAAAAUGCCAGUUGUGAUGUGGUAAUAAUUUUUAAACUCAUGACUAUAAGUGGUAAAUAUCUUUCCGUUUUGAUGGUUCUUUUAAGGUAUAGUAAUGGUGAUAUGUGGUUUACACUUGUAAUUUAUUAAUUAAUUUAUUUUUAUAUAAAUUAUUUUUCUUCCUUACAAGAAUUCAUUAAUAACUUGAUUGUGGCAGCAAGGCACAUGCAAAAAUAAGGGAAUGUAGCAAUUUUUCACAUCUCCAGUUAACUGUAUGCAAAACCGAAAGAGGAACCACGUGACCUCAAUGUUCAGUUAAGUUUCUUGUCUAAUUCUGUCAUCAAAACUUCCCUUUGUAUGUGUGACAGACUAACAGAAAGGGCUCAUUUAUUCACAGUUACAACUUGGUUGAGUUUCAGGAAAAACAUAACUGCAAAUGUCAUUGACAUUAGCUGCUAUAUCCUUCCAAGAUAGCAGUUAUAUAUGGUUGUAAAAUAAACUGGACAGCUACAAACCAUUUAGACCCAAACACAUAGGCCGGCAUUUAUCAUUGUAGUGUAAGUGAAGAAUUUUUCUACACCUUUUUUGUGUGCUGGUAAUGUGUAGGCGCACCAAAUUUAUUAAAUGGUCGCAGAGCAUUUGAUAAAUUUUGUGCAGGUCACAUUUUCUGAAAUUUCUCUCUUCGCAUACACCAAAAAGCUAAGCUAAGUCUGGGCUGGUGUAGCUUUAGAGACUUUUCAGUGGCUUUGCACCUUUUUUUGCACCUUUUCACAAAAAGCCUCAGUUCAUAAAACCCUUCCAUAUCAUGUGUAUUGCCAAAAUCAGUGGAUUGAAACUCAGCAGAAAUGUGUGAGCCAAAAGGUGCAAAAAAAAAGGUGCAAAUAAACCCUGCUUGUGCCUUUUUUGCGCCUUUUCUAGACACAAAAAAACAGUCUAAAGACAAUGAUAAAUGUUGUCCAUAAAGCCUUAAAUAUCUUUGGUUUCUACCUUUUAACAAAAGCAAAUUAGAUUACAUUAUAAAUUAAUAAGAAAGACUACUUUCCUGCAAACUACCUACAGUGUUUUUAGUAAGUAGCAUCAGUUUAUUGUUCCAUUACACUUUUCCUAAUUGUACUUUUAUAUAGUUUAGCUUCCCCUUAUUUAAGCCUUUCAGUUACAGGGUUGUUUGGCUAAGACAGCUUAUUCCUGUAUGCUCUUCUAGAGUAGGCUAAAGGCCCCCAUACACAUUACAGAAAAGUCAGCAUAAACCUGCAAUCUACUGUGUAUGGCAGCCUCCUGACUCUGUCUUGAAAGAUUUUGUUGGGAAAGAGAACAAUUAAAGUAGUAGUCUAGUCCUGAAAAACAUAUCCCCUAUCCUAAGGA